AUGGCGCAUUCAACACCGAAACCAGGCAACCGCCUGCAGUUACAGCCACUUAUGCCGGAGGACAUGCGGUCCGAGCUGAUAGCUGCGUUAAGAGUUCAAAACAUUCAAAAUUUUCGUCCGACCAGCAUUAACAAAAGUGGCCGACGAUUUGUUAUGCCUGGAUCACACAGCAACAGCGCGGCACCAACGGGAGAGGAAGACAAACGGCAUCAGUUGCGCUUGCAGGCGAUACAGGAAAUCAAAACAUCGGAAUUGUCCUAUUUGCGACAACUAGAGCUGCUGCUUGAGUUUUUUGUAACGCCGCUACGUACGAAUGGUUUUCUCACUGAACGGGUACAUAAUGCAAUUUUCGGGCAGCUGGACACGAUCCGCAAUCUUAGCCAGGAGCUGCUGAAAAAACUUGACUUGGACUUGGACAAUUUGGUGAAGGCGUUUACAUCCUUGGGUCCCUUUUUUAAGCUCUACUCAGUGUACGCUUUUGACUACCGCAACUCGCUCUGUACCCUCCAAUCGUUAAUGGACAAAAAUCCGACGCUCAAGCGGUACAUUAGCAACACGGAAGCGCGACCCGAGGUCCAAAUGAAACUCAUCUCUCUGCUGAUCACGCCGAUUCAGCGCAUUCCACGGUACAAAUUGCUACUUCAGCAGGUCCUGCUGUACACCAGUCCGUCGGACACGGCCUUUAAGCCACUACAGGAAUCAAUUCGCCUGGUUGAACAAUCCGUUUCACACAUCAACGCCGUAGUCGAGGAUUACGAGAAUACGCAGCGGUUGAUCACCGUGCAGAAUGCACUGACCAACAAAUCGUUGAAGCUGGUCAAGCCGGGUCGCAAAAUCCUAAAGGAGGGCAUCUUGCUCAAACUUAAGACUGACGGAUCGACGUCCAAAAAGUACUGCAUCCUCAUGUCGGACAUGUUUAUGUACUGCCGAGUGCUGCGCGAUGCCGACGUGUUGCUAACGGAAAACUCGUCGAUCGCUUGCAGCUGCGUGUUUCCGCUGAAGAAGUGCAAGAUAGUGAAACUGUUUCGCGGCAACUUUCGCCUCACGUGCUCUGGCGAUGGGACGAUUUUCAGCACGGACAGCGAAGAGGAGAGCCACGGCUGGUACGUGGCUAUCCGGGAUGCGAUUGAGCUGCACGUCCAGUGCCGAAAAACGUUGCGCAAGCUGUCGAGCAACAGGAAACCGAUGCGCAAGAAGCAUCUACAGCGGCUCGAACCGGAAGACGACAUUUCAUGGCUGUUACGCCGGAAAGCUCUCAGCCCGGAUCGGAUACAGAGGCCGCGGAGAAAGUUGUGGCCUUUCAAGCACCUCGAUUGUCUGAAGCAUAAUCACUCGCUGGGAGAAACGAGCGG